GCCCCGCGUCUGCGCAGACGAAGACGCCAAGGAACGUGGAGCCCAGGGACCAUGGCGGCCCCUGCCCAGCAGUCCCCUCAGCCAGUCAGUGGAAAGCGCAAAGGGAAGGCCCAGUUCCUGCCGGCCAAGCGGGCCCGGCGCUGUGAUGCAGGCGGGCCGCGGCAGCUGGAACCCGGCCUGCAGGGCAUCCUCAUCACCUGCAACAUGAACGAGCGCAAGUGCGUGGAGGAGGCCUACAGCCUGCUCAACGAGUACGGCGACGACAUGUACGGGCCCGAAAAGUUUAUAGACAAGGACCAGCAGCUAUCUGGAAGUGAGGGAGAUGAUGAUGAUGUGGAGGCUGCCUUGAAGAAAGAAGUUGGUGACAUUAAGGCUUCUACACAGAUGAGGCUGAGAAGAUUCCAGUCAAUGGAGAGUGGAGCAAAUAAUGUGGUCUUCAUCAGGACACUUGGGAUAGAACCUGAGAAAUUAGUGCAUCAUAUUCUCCAGGAUAUGUACAAAACCAAGAAAAAGAAGACACGAGUUAUUCUGCGAAUGUUGCCCAUCUCGGGCACAUGCAAAGCUUUCUUAGAAGAUAUGAAAAAAUAUGCAGAAACAUUUUUGGAACCCUGGUUUAAAGCCCCAAACAAGGGGACAUUUCAGAUUGUAUACAAAUCUCGUAAUAACAGCCACAUGAAUAGAGAAGAAGUUAUCAAAGAGUUGGCAGGAAUAGUCGGCAGCCUCAACUCAGAAAACAAAGUGGAUCUCACGAACCCAGAAUACACAGUGGUAGUAGAAAUCAUCAAAGCUGUGUGUUGCUUGAGUGUGGUGAAAGAUUAUGUGCUGUUCAGAAAGUACAACCUCCAAGAGGUAGUGAAGAGUGCAAAAGACUCACAGCCUCAGCCUAAGCUGGGAAAUGGGGAAGAAGCAAAAUUGGAGCCUGCUGGCAAGUUAAGUCAUAGUGAUCCCUGUGAAGAGAAAAAUAAUCAGCAGGCGGCACCAGAGAGUAGUGAGGAGCUGGAACAGACAGAACCAAGGUCUGAAGCCCAAGCUAACCCUGAGGGAGACGCUAAACCUGAAAGUCAAGUGUCAGAAGGACCCACGUCAAAAGACAGUGAACUUUCAUAGGUCAUUCUGUGGGGGAGGUGGGUCUCAGCUGGGGUCACAAGUAAAAUUGUGAUAAUAUAUUUUGACUUUUUGUGUGCUGCUCAGUGCUGGUCACAGUCCCUGUUGACAGUUUUGUUAGAGCCCUUCCAGGCCUGUGUGUCAGUAUGUUCAGACCAUGUGCAGUUUCCUAAGGGAAGGCGGUAGGAGGAUGCCCUAGGCCUCUGCCUCCUGAUUACUUUGGCUAGCUUCCUCUUAAGCACUGCCAACUGAUGUGACCUGAACAACAUCUGAGUGGGAAAUCAACAGGACGUUCUCAUUCCGAGGAAGGUAUGUAGCUAUCCCUGCUGUUUCAUUGUACGCAUAGAGAGUGGGACUGGGAAUUGUAUGGGAGUCACUUUGCGCAUGGCUUUGUUGUUUCUGUGUUUUUCUUGUU